UUUCAUUUUACCAACUUGUAGGGAAAAUGGGGGACUCACCAGACUUCUUACCGAAGGGUUGGAUUAUGGAAACCAGACCGAAACAAAAUGGUACUACAUAUAAGGUUUAUAUUGCUCCAUCCUCCGGGUUGAAGUUCCAGUCCAAGAAAAAAGUGUUUGAGUAUCUUAACAAUGAAGAGCUCAGCAAAAGAUCAAGUUCAAGUAAAAGCGGCGCUGCAAGCAAACUUGCGAGGAAAACAGAGGAAUCACCUGAUUACUUACCAAAAGGUUGGAUAGUGGAAACCAGACCGAAACAAAAUGGUGAUACAUAUAAGCGGUACAUUGCUCCAUCCGGGCAGAAGUUCAAUGCCAGGAAAAAAGUGUUUGAGUUUCUCAACAUUGAAGAUCCCAGCAACAGCUCAAGAUCAAGUGAAAGAGGCUCUGAUGUGUCCACAAGCCAAAAUAAGUACUCAUCAGCUCCAUCAGUUGAAACUUGAGCAGAAGCAACAAUUCUUCUUAGAGGCCUUGGUGCAACGGGACCAAUAGUUGCAUAUUGCAUUCUUAAAUUGAUAUUUUCAACUAGUCUGCUACCCUGAGAAGACAUAGUACAACACUGUGUUUUGAGAAGAUAAGAUUGCCUCACAAGGUUUAUAUGGGAUUUAGGGUUUAUGAUGUAUUCUGGAUACCUAAUGGGGUUAUAAAACCUUUGUGAUAUACGGAAAUAUUUUUGUUACCAUAUUUGGUUGUUAUACUGCUGAUUUUCCGUUUUGACUAAAUUGACAAUAUUUUUGAA